CAUUCGAUUUUCCCGAACGUACGCUUUACUGUUUUCUUCCGGGCUGCUUUGAACCUACCCAGCUGCCGUAGGCAGUGGGUCGAAAGUGCCGUUCAAAAUGGAAGUGAAUCCCCCCAAACAGGAACACCUGCUGGCCCUGAAAGUGAUGCGGUUAACUAAACCUACUUUAUUCACCAAUAUUCCAGUAACAUGUGAAGAAAAGGACUUACCUGGAGAUCUCUUUAACCAACUCAUGAGAGAUGAUCCUUCAACCGUAAAUGGUGCAGAAAUUUUAAUGUUGGGAGAAAUGUUGACUUUACCACAGAAUUUUGGGAAUAUAUUUUUGGGAGAGACCUUUUCCAGUUAUAUCAGCGUUCAUAAUGAUAGCAAUCAAGUUGUUAAAGAUAUAUUAGUAAAAGCUGAUCUUCAGACAAGUUCUCAGCGUUUAAAUCUUUCAGCCUCCAAUGCUGCAGUGGCUGAACUUAAACCUGAUUGUUGUAUUGAUGAUGUCAUACAUCAUGAAGUAAAGGAAAUUGGAACACACAUCCUGGUGUGUGCAGUGAGCUAUACAACUCAGGGUGGAGAAAAAAUGUAUUUUAGAAAAUUCUUCAAAUUUCAGGUUCUCAAACCAUUGGAUGUGAAAACCAAAUUUUAUAACGCAGAGAGUGACCUCAGUUCUGUGACUGAUGAAGUAUUUCUCGAAGCCCAGAUUCAGAAUAUUACAACCUCACCCAUGUUUAUGGAGAAAGUUUCACUGGAGCCAUCUAUAAUGUACAACGUAGCAGAAUUAAAUUCAGUCAGCCAAGCUGGAGAAAGUGUAACUACAUUUGGGUCAAGAGCUUAUUUGCAACCAAUGGAUACACGCCAGUAUUUGUACUGCCUAAAACCCAAGAAGGAGUUUGCAGAAAAAGCAGGCAUCAUUAAAGGAGUAACAGUAAUUGGAAAACUGGAUAUAGUGUGGAAAACAAAUCUAGGUGAAAGGGGAAGAUUACAGACCAGUCAACUUCAACGAAUGGCUCCAGGUUAUGGAGACGUUAGGUUGUCUUUGGAGGCAAUCCCUGAUACUGUAAACCUAGAAGAACCUUUUCAUAUUACCUGUAAAAUAACAAACUGCAGCAGUGAAAGGACUAUGGAUCUGGUUUUGGAAAUGUGCAAUACCAAUUCUAUCCACUGGUGUGGCAUUUCAGGAAGACAGCUUGGAAAGCUACAUCCAAGUUCCUCUCUCUGCCUUGCCCUUACUCUCCUGUCUUCAGUACAGGGACUGCAGAGUGUCUCCGGCUUAAGACUAACUGACACGUUCUUAAAGAGAACAUAUGAAUAUGAUGACAUCGCACAGGUCUGUGUGGUAUCUUCGGCCAUCAAAGUGGAGAGCUGAAGAAAAUUUCCAGUGUUCUGCUUUUCAUUGAGUUUAACAGAACUUUCUGUAUCUCUGUCACCUUUGUGAAAUGAUCGAGUCUCCAACAAAAAUAAGUAUCUAUUAUUUAAAUUUCUUUCCUGCAAAAGUUAAAAUAUUAAAUAUUUGUUUUGAAAACA